CUCGUGCACGUCAGGAUCAAAUAGAGGACGCCGGAGCUGCGCCUCAGUCCGAGCCGAGCUUUUAACGGAGCGGAUCCCCGGUGAAGUGCUGUCAGUGAUAAACCCACAGAGAGGCAGAGAUGAUGCGGCUGCUGGUGCUCAGCGGGCUGCUGCUGCUCUGUGUGGACCAGGCGUUUCUGCGGACAGCCAGCUUCAUAAAGUCUCCUAUGUCUCAAAUGAAGUUAAUAGAGGACAGUGCUGAGCUGCACUGUGAGGUUAUAGGGAACCCCAUCCCCGAGGUGCAGUGGUGGUUUCUAGAGGGCGAGGAACCAGACGAGACGGUGUCUCAGCUUUUCGACGGGGCUCGGGAUGAACACGUCCACAUCAACACUACCUACGUUCACCACGCUGCCAGCACCCUCGCUCUCUUCAAUCUCACACUAAACGACACGGGCGUGUACGAGUGCCGCGCCUCCAAUGAUCCCGACCGAAAUGACCUGAGGACGACACCCAAAGUCAAGUGGAUCCGCUCGCAAGCAAAUGUUAUUGUGUUCGAAAAGGCUCAGAUUGUACCUACACCAGCUGAAGUAGUCAACCAGACUUCAGCUACACUUAGCUGCAACCUCACCAACCCAUCGUCUCCUAUCAAGGGACACUACUGGACAAGGAAUGGCAAGGUGAUCGAGGAAUCAAAGAUGGAGAUUCCAAGCCUCUACACAGAGCACACCAUUAAUAAGAUUGAUUACCAUGUUUCCGGAAAGUAUACCUGCGUCUUCAUGUCUGAGCCAGAAGCUAAGCAUGACAUUGAAGUCAUGGUUCCUCCCCACGUUUCGCCCUACAAGCAAUCUGAGAACAGUAAUGAGAAGGAUAAAGCUGCUCUGGUGUGUGUGAAUCAUGGCUACCCUUACAUCAAAGACUGGGAAUGGUACAAGCUUGAGGAGUCCAACGGGAGGAGGCUGAUUGUUUCUGGUGUCAAUGGCACUGGAAAGUAUGUAGUCAAGAACACGGAUCACAAUUCCACACUUACCAUCGAUGACCUUGACAUCAAUGGUGACAUGGGUACCUAUGAGUGUCUUGGAAAGAACGACCUUGGUGAAAAUUCGGGCAAGGUCAACUUGCGUGUGCGCAGUCGCCUGGCAGCCCUCUGGCCCUUCCUUGGCAUUGUUGCUGAGGUCAUCAUCCUUGUCACCAUCAUCUUCAUCUACGAGAAGAGGAGAAAGCCUGAUGAGAUUAACGACGAUGAUGACUCAGGAUCCGCCCCACUGAAGAGCAAUUCUGCUACAAACCACAAAGACAAGAAUGUCAGGCAAAGGAACUCCAACUGAGAGGGCAGCAGGUGUCCAGAUGACUACUGAUAAAGAUGAGAAAAGCGCAACAUCACUGAAGAGCACGUUCUUCAGUGCACCUGCAGUUUCUGAAUAAUCUUCUUCUACUUCUUCUUCUUUGCUUGAGUGUAAAUGUGUUGAGAUAUUGAUUGGUCUCUUCUUUUCCCAGUAUUUCUCUCUCUCUCUGUGUGUUAUAGGGGUUGUAGGGAGGGAGGGGGGAGAAAUUGCAUGAUUGUGUUCUUGCUGUAGAAGUGUGUUUUUAGUGAAACCCUUUCAAUGUGGGAAUUAACAAUUGGUGAUUUCUUUCGUGUUGGCUUCCUCCACUGUACCCCAGAACCCACGCUACCAAACUGUUUGUGUGGUCUCAGCCGCGUCCAGCUCUCUGAUAGUCGAUAAAAUCGGGAGAGUGGGCGGUUCUUUUGGGAUGGUGUGGAUAUUAAGUUGAGUUUCAGCAUUUCACAUUUACCUUCAUCAGAACUGUCUGGAUGCAUGUUAAACCCUGAAGAACGGUUUGGUACUGUGGGUUCGGCAUCUUUUCUAAGACAUUUGAAAAACAUCUAUAAUAUAUUCACUUUUUGGCAGCAUGGGAUUUUCAGAUGUUCAGAUAAUCUUGAUGUAUUAGCUGCAGUGAGCAGUUACUAUUAUUAUUGAUUGAUUACUAAUUUUUCAGGCUGUUUUUUUAGUAGUCAGACGACUCCUAAUGUCACAUGACCAUCUCCAUGAUCUUUUUUUUUUUCCUGUAAGCCUUAAUGUUAAUAUUCACCGUUUUUGCUUAAGUUGUUUUAGUUGUAGAGACACUAAAUUAAUAAUUAUCUAUAAAUGCAGUGCAGACACACACACAAACACCCAUACACACACACACCAUGCCAAUUUUGCAGCAUAUUGCACUGUUCAAAUUAGGACUGCCUAUUGUUUACCAUGUUCAUUUUAUUUUUUAUUGUUCUGUUUUUUUUUUUUUUUUGGUUUUUGUCAGACAUGCUGAAGUCUAGUCGUCCUGUAAGUCGUCCAGUGCAGUCUAAGACUAGACUCAGACUGUAAGUGAACAACCCGUCGUAACUCUUCUGGUGAAAGGCUUUUUAAGGUUUUAAGCAUCAUUUUAAGAAUCCAUUUUUGAGGACCAAUAUAAAGUGUGUGCCACAUGCCAUUUGAUACCAACUCCAAACCUUUCCAGUACUGAAUAGAGAACCUUCUGAUGAUCUGUAUCUUGAUUACGGAGUACAGGUAAAAUUUUUAGUGGAAGUUUUUGUCCUGUGUAUUCAAUUCUCUUGUAAGCAGUUCAGAAGCCAUACUCUCUCCAGUCUGGGUUAGUGAUGUGACUGAAUGUGUGCCAUUUCUCUGUUAGGGGCAUGUUGAAUAUUAACAACCUGUUAGAACUGUAUAAAGUAAUUUGCCUCGGCAGCGUUGGACAUCUGAACUGCUGUCGACUGUACUGACCCGCACACUAUUAAUAAAGUUAUUGGGUUUGAUUUUAA